AAGAAGAAGAAGAACAAAAAAUUGAGCAAGGGCUGUAGUGACCAUAGUGACAGCGGCGGUUACUGCUCCUUUAAUCCGCUCUCCUCCUCGUCUCACCUGCCGUGUUGCCCUCCUGCUUCCUUCCCCAUUCUCUGCUUUGUUUUUAUUGUUGCUCUCUCUCUGAAUUUGGAUCAUGGCUGCCCAUUCUGUUGACGAACCGUUCCCUUUCCACGGGCUUCUCCCCAAGAAAGAAACCGGCGCCUCUUCUUACCUCACCAGGUUCCCAGAGUAUGACGGUCGAGGGGUGCUUAUCGCCAUACUCGACACCGGCGUGGACCCCGGGGCCCCCGGCAUGCAGGUCACAACAGAAGGGAAGCCAAAGAUUGUUGACAUUAUUGAUACAACAGGCAGUGGUGACGUGAACAUGACCAUGGCUGUGGAGCCCAAAGAUGGAACCAUCACUGGCCUCUCUGGAAGAACGCUCAAGAUCCCGCCUGCCUGGGUCAACCCAUCAGGGAAGUAUCGCAUUGGAGUUAAAAAUGGCUAUGAGUUCUUUCCCAAGGCUCUUAAGGAAAGAAUACAGAAAGAGCGAAAAGAGAAGACGUGGGACCCAGCACACAGAGCAGCACUCGCUGAAGUCUGUCGCAAAACAGAAGAGUUUGAUGUCGCUCAUCCCACCCCCUCACAGAUAGAAAAGUUGCAGAAGGAAGACCUACAGUGUCAGUCAGAGCUGCUGGCAUCUCUAGAAAAGAAGUACAGUGAUCCGGGCCCGGUAUAUGACUGCGUGCUUUGGCAUGAUGGCGUCACAUGGAAGGCGGUAGUAGACACGUCCGAGUGUGGAGAUCUGUCUCAGUGCACUGUCUUGGGCUCAUACAAAGAAAAACAAGAGUAUGCCACUUUAGGAAAUGCUGAGAUGUUGAACUACUCUGUUAAUAUAUAUGACGAGGGAAACACCCUGUGCAUCGUUACCAGUGGAGGGGCUCAUGGGACACAUGUGGCAAGCAUUGCAGCGGGUCACUUCCCAGAAGAACCAGAGAGAAACGGUGUGGCUCCAGGGGCCCAAAUCCUGGCUCUGAAGAUUGGAGACACACGCCUCAGCACCAUGGAAACUGGCACCGGCCUCAUCCGAGCGAUGAUUGAAGUAAUCAACUACAAGUGUGACCUGGUUAAUUAUAGCUAUGGGGAAGCCACUCACUGGCCUAAUUCAGGGAGGAUCUGUAAAGUGAUCACAGAAGCGGUGCAGAAGCACAACGUGAUUUUUGUGUCGAGUGCAGGAAAUAACGGCCCCUGCCUCUCCACAGUGGGGUGCCCAGGAGGAACCACCAGCAGUGUUAUAGGAGUUGGAGCGUAUGUGACUCCAGACAUGAUGGUGGCUGAGUAUUCGCUGAGAGAAAAGCUGCCCCCUAACCAGUACACAUGGUCAUCCAGGGGCCCCAGCACUGACGGGGCCCUCGGGGUCAGCAUCAGUGCUCCAGGUGGGGCCAUUGCAUCCGUACCCAACUGGACCCUCCGAGGUACCCAGCUGAUGAACGGCACUUCUAUGUCCUCGCCGAACGCCUGCGGAGGCAUAGCGCUUGUACUGUCAGGUCUGAAGCAGAGUGGGAUCAGUCCCUCUGUUCCUGCUGUGAGGAGAGCGCUGGAAAACACUGCUCAAAAGGUCGACGAUAUUGAAGUUUUUGCACAGGGUCAUGGAAUAAUUCAGGUGGAUAAAGCUUUAGACUACCUCACUCAACACGCCUCUCUGCCUACAAGUCACCUGGGCUUCUCUGUCAGUGUGGGUUCACAGAGAGGCAUCUACCUCAGAGAACCAACCGAGGUUCUUGCACCUUCUGAUCACGUGGUCGGUAUCGAGCCCAUCUUCCCAGAGGAAACAGACAACUCGGAGCGAAUCUCCUUGCAGCUCCACUUGGCCCUCACAUGUGCCGCCCCUUGGGUCCAGUGCCCCUCCCAUUUGGAGCUGAUGAACCAGUGUCGGCACUUUAAUGUCCGAAUCGAUCCUCUGGGACUGAGGGAGGGAGUCCACUACACGGAGGUUUGUGGCUAUGAUACAUCAGUGCCCACAUGUGGCCCGCUGUUUAGAGUUCCGAUUACGGUCAUCAUCCCUGCCAAGGUGACCGAUAGCCGUAAUCAGGAAGUGAGAUUCUCAGAUGUCCACUUUAGACCGGGACAGAUCAGACGCCACUUCAUCACUGUUCCUCAGGGAGCCUCCUGGGCAGAGGUCACUUUGACUUCGCAUUCAGGAGACGUCUCAUCCAAGUUUGUUCUUCACGCGGUGCACCUGGUCAAACAGAGGGCCUACAGGGCUAAUGAGUUCUACAAGUUCUCCUCCCUACUAGAAAAAGGUUCCCUAACAGAGGCUUUCCCGGUGCUGUCAGGCAGGGUUGUAGAGUUUUGCAUAGCACGAUGGUGGGCGAGCCUCGGGGAUGUGACGGUGGACUACAUCAUCUCCUUCCAUGGCCUCAGUGUUACUCCUUCUCCCUUGCACAUUCACGCCUCUGAGGGAGUGGUUAGUUUUGAUGCGUCAUCACCCAUGAGAUAUGAGGAGGUGUCCCCCACUGUCACCCUUAAGUCGUGGGUUCAGCCUCUGAGGCCUCUAAAUUCAAAGAUAAAAGCUUUGGGAGCGCGGGAUGUUCUCCCUAAUAACAGGCAGCUCUAUGAAAUUGUCCUCACCUACAGCUUUCACCAGCCUAAAGGAGGGGAGGUUACGCCCAGUUGUCCGAUGCUGUGUGAGCUUCUGUAUGAGUCUGAGUUUGACAGUCAGCUAUGGAUGCUUUAUGACCAGAACAAGAGACUGUUGGGUUCAGGGGACGCCUACCCACACCAGUAUUCCCUGAAGCUAGAAAAGGGGGAUUACACAGUACGCCUGCAGGUUCGCCAUGAGCAGUCUAGUGAGCUGGAACGCCUGAAAGAUUUGCCCUUUGUGGUUUCUCAUCGUCUGUCCAACACCAUCAACCUGGAUGUUUACGAGUCGCACCGUGCCGCUCUUAUGGCAAAGAAGAAGGCGAACUCUCUUACUUUGUGUCCAGGAGCCACGCAGCCUUUCUAUGUCACAACCCUGCCUGACGACAAGAUCCCCAAGGGUACGAGUCCAGGAUGUUACCUCUCAGGCUCUCUUGUUGUGUCUAAAAGCGAGUAUGGCAAGAAAGCAGCGCUGGCCUCUGCACACCGACAACGAAAAUUUAAAAAGGAUGUUGUCCCAGUCAUCUACCACCUAAUUCCUGCUCCCAACAAAUCUAAAAAUGGUGGGAAGGAGAAGGACAAGGAUGGAGAGAAAGAAAAAGACGUUAAAGAAGAGUUUGCAGAAGCCAUCAGAGACCUAAAGAUUCAGUGGAUGACAAAGUUGGAAUCGAGCUCUGUCUAUGAUGAGUUGUUAGAAAAUUACUCUGAUUACCUUCCACUGCAUGUGCAAAGACUACAUCAGCUGGACUCUGAGAAGGAACGAGUAAAGCGCCUCAAAGAGGUGGUGUCAGCAGCAGACAUCGUUAUGUCCCAUAUCGACCAAACAGCAUUAGCUGUGUAUCUCACCAUGAAGACAGACCCCCGUCCAGAUGCCGCCUCCAUCAAAACUGACAUGGAGAAGCAGAAGUCGUCUCUUCUGGAUGCUCUGUGUAGAAAAGGCUGCGCUCUAGCUGACCAGCUCCUCCUGCCGUCCACGCUGCAGGGCGCCGCCGGUGCUGUAGCUACAGAGCAGGCUGCUGCAGGAGAAGAGGAAGUCGGGGAGCAGAUGGCCAGCAGCUCUGACGACGCCCUGGAGAACAUAUCAAACGCACUGAUGGAUACAUUCUGGGAGGUGCAGAAGUGGGCAGAGCUGACUGACUCCAAGGUUUUGAUGUUUUCAUACAAGCAUGCUCUGGCAAACAAGAUGUACGGCCGAGCCCUAAAAUAUGCCUCUAAGAUUGUUGAGGAGAAGCCCAGCAAGGAUAACAUGAAGAACUGCAUCCAGAUCAUGCGCCACCUCGGCUGGAUGCACUGCGCCGCUUUCAGUGAGAACUGGCUUCCUGUCAUGUACCCAGCAGAUUAUACCCCCUUCUAGGCACAGCCAUGGGACGGCAUGGCCUCGCACGGUCCACUAAAGGACAGUUUUGAUAUCAGGGUCACAUGGUCUAUGCAUCUGACCAGCCAGCUGCCUCCUGACACCUUUUCUUUGAAGGCACAUGUGGGUGAAUACCAACAUUGGAGCUGACCUGGAGCCUAGAUAUUUUUGAUGCAUGCCAAACUUUGUAAGGUGAUGGUUUUGAAUUGAAACUUUUUAUUAAUAUCUGAAAUAUCAGUUAAAAAUAUGUAAAGCUAUAAUCAAUGGCCAGCAUCAAGUUGUUUCCUUCUUCAGUUUUUUUUUUUUUUUGUCAGCUACAAAUUUGUAGGCUGAAGUAUCGACUCCUCCCAGAACGCACAACUCUUUAUCAUUUUAGAAUCUUUUUUUUUCACCUGCAAAUACUGUUAAAACUGGCAUCAGCGACUCCAGGGAAUAGAAUACUUAAAAUGGUCGUUAAAAUACUUCAGUGAGAAGAGGGACUGGUUGGCUGCUGCAAAAACUGAUCCCCAAUAAAAGGAAGGAUUGGACUUCAUAUCAGCCCAUUUUUCUCCCCCUUCCUUUUCUUGAAUAGUUCAGCCUUCCUGGGGGUUUACAGUCCGGUUUUUGGACACUGAAAAUGUCAUGGUGCCUUUCUUUAUGUACCUUACCCUUUUCAGAUGGAGCUAAAAGGAACAGCGGCAGGGUUUCGACCCUGCAGAGUUUGUAGCACCCAUCCUCUCUUGCAGCCCUUUCACUCAAGAGUCGAACGACGCAUCAUGAUUCAUCCAAGCACCAUGUGCUUUCCACAUUUAGCCUCCAUUUCACAAGACUUCGCCGACAGAAACAUGCCUGUUAUACAACAAAACGUUUGCUCUGCAUCAUUGAACUUUCUCUGCAGUGUUUAGAAUGCUGCUCAAGUACACGGUGUCAUAACAUAAUGUAAAUACACUCGUACUAUAAAGACAUGAACAUGCAAUAGGGAUAUAACAGAAUUUAUCUUUAUGUAUUUUGCAUAUAUGCAUGUCUUCUAGCUUAUAUACGGAAAGUUGACUUUAACACGGAAAAUGAUUUUUUUAGGUUGUUUCAGUUUCAAAGGUUUUUUUUCUGAGUCGUGCUUUUGAAAAACGUCCACAGUUGAGUGUGUUUGUGUUUUUAAAUGAGUGUGCGUUUUUGUUAAGAUACAUUUCCCACCUGAGCAUUUCUCCCACCACAUUUGAAAACAAAAAUAAAAUAACUGCCUUUUAACGGGCGUGUGUUGGAAAGGACCACACCAGUAGGAUCAGCUGAUUUUUAAACUGAGUCUCACUGUUACUCAACUUAACAUUUACUAAUUUUUUUUUAAAUAUGGCCAUCUUUGAAGACUGAUAAAUUUCUGAUUGGAUGCAGCUUAAAUAUACCAAAUUUCACAAAAUACAUAAGAUAUCCAUUAUUUGCUUCUCUGAAAGUCAUCAAAAAAUAAUUUUAAAAAUAGAAUUUACAGAUAGAUUUUUUUUUUUUAAGGACUGGACAACUUUUGGCCUGAAUCAAGCUAUAGAUAAAGCUUGGAAAUUAUAUAAAUUUAUGUUCAUGUUGCUGUUUUUUUGUGUGUGUUUUGCUUGAUGUUUUAUAAAGCAGAGAUAUGAUCUAUUUUUCUUGGUUUAACCAAAGAAUUAGUUUUCUUAAGCUGGUUUCGAUUUCAGUAUGUUAAAUAAAUUGGAGGGAUAUUUAUUAGGUGGAAGAAAAAAUUAAUUUUUUUCAAACUUGUUAAGAGGAAGGCUUUGGUUUUAACCUUUCAUUAUUUUUGUCUCUGUUGGCUGAAAGGUUUACAUUAGAAUGUAAAGCAUCUGCUUCAGGGCUUCUAGACUUCUGAAGAGUGUGAUGGUGAAUUGGGUGUGAGAUCUUGUGAUUCUGUUAUUAGCUGGAAAUUGUAUCACUUUCUGCAUUUGCCACAGUACAGACCUCUUCAGUCUGUUGGAUGGAAUGAUUAGUGACAGCCUUUUUAUUUCUGUCGUCUUUGGUGCAUUUCUUAUUUAAACAUAUGCUCUGCUCACUGGUAUGUGUUGCCAAUUACGGUCUCUCCAAAAAUGGCCUUAAUUUUUCACCACAGGACUUCACCUUUGACCUCUGACACCAAACGUAUAUCUGUUGCUGUCGCUGGUGUUUGGAAGAACUUCAGGAAUGCUCGCUAUGGAUGUUGAGUGUUUAUAUUUAUAGCCAUAAAAUCUAGUAAAUCCUAUUCCUUAACUGAAUGUUUUGAGUUAAAGAUGUACUCUCUUGACAUUUUUAUCCUUUUCGGGAUUAUGUGAGAAAAACGUGAGCAAUUGUUAAAUCUUUUUGAGCUCACAUGGAAAAGUCGAAGAAAGUUCACUGAAUAAAAUAAUAAAACAGA